UUCACGGCCUUCAUAUACGGAACAAGCAAAGACUAUCAGAAACGUACAUUCAAGACGCCUCUCGGGGAACUCGAGCAAGAAUACACGCUCAUCUAGGAACGCGCGAGAUCAUGUCCAAUUCGCGCCUGACGUUAGCGACAUCACAUUGCCCUCCUGGAUCAAGUGGCCACGUUCCCGACGAACCUAAGCGGAGGGUUUCCCGCUGCAGGCGAUGCCGAGAGGGUCGUGGGCGUGUUACCCACCCUUAUCGGGAUGGGAACGAUCCCUACAUCUCCGCAUCGGCAGCUGCUCCCAUUAGGCGCGCAAGGCCUCCGUCCCCGCCAGACACAGCAGCCAGCACCUGACGGCCACGCCCCUCCGUCGCGGCCUGGCACAAACGCGUAAACGAACAGAGCGAGCGAAGGCCGCGUCCCACUCACACGUCUAUCGUUUACCCGAGGACGGGGCAGGCCCCUGCGCUUGGGCAUGACCCUCCCCGCCGACCGCGCAGGGAGACACUCCCGCGCGCGCGGGAGGUGCGCACGCGUCCGAUAAUCGGAAAAGCUACCCCUCGCCCACCCCCGCUCGCCCAAGCCGUGCCCCGCAGAGUUGGUUCCGCG